AUGGCGGACGUUGAGAUGAAGGAUGCUAUUUCCACCGAAGCCAAGGCUAAGGUCCCCGUCAAGGCGUCUAAAGGUGGCGCUGCCGAAGGUGGCGACACCAAGAAGAGAUUCGAAGUGAAGAAGUGGAAUGCGGUUGCCCUCUGGGCUUGGGAUAUUGUCGUUGACAACUGCGCCAUUUGCCGGAAUCACAUCAUGGAUCUCUGCAUUGAGUGUCAAGCAAAUCAAGGCGCUGCUACAAACGAAGAAUGUACAGUCGCGUGGGGUAUCUGCAAUCAUGCCUUUCACUUCCACUGUAUCUCACGCUGGCUGAAGACCCGACAAGUUUGCCCACUUGACAACAGAGACUGGGAAUUCCAGAAGUACGGAAGGUAG